GUUCAAUCCAUUUGUGCCAUGGAAGUAACACUGUGGGUUUUCGUGGUUUUCGUGUCAUCUCUGAUUCUUCAGAGCUCAGCUUUUAGAAACCUUUUUGGAACUAGUGUCAAGGGCCACGUUCUGUUUUGUCCUAAAAAAUAUGAACUCUUUUAUGGUUUAUUGCAACACAAUACGAUCAAACCGGAGGAUAGUAUGAACGAUCUUCUAGCACGUAGAAAAACGUCAUUUCAAUUUUCGUUGAAUGUUAAGUGCGUAAAACAGAACGAUGAAGCUACGGUGUUUGUAUACGCUCCAGAAGGAUACUUGGUUGAUAGAUUGAAGUUUGAGAGCAAAGAAGAUUGUGACAAAUUGAAGGACCUCGCAGAUAUAGUUGGGCAGCCAGAAUGGGUUAGGGAUGAAUACGGAUAUGAGGAGAUAGAAUACACCAUAAUGUACACGUUGGUUGGGGAAGUACCUCGGUGUCUCGCUAGAAUCUACAAGCUCAUUACAUUUCAGUACUACAUCAAAUUACAAAUAGGGAAGCCACAACUGAUGGAUUGCAAAGAGAAAACUGUGAUUGGGGAUGCAGAAAUUAACUAUGAGAAAGAAGAAUUGUUUCCAUGGGGUAAUUAUGAAAUCAUGGAUUUUAUCAAAGAUGCUGAAUUUGUCGGUGAACCUUCCUCUAUCACUUUAAAAGCUGACUCAAACAUCAAGCUCAAGUGCCAACAAUACACCAAGAAAGAAAGAAAAGAGGACGGAUCGAUACAAUCAACCCUCCUUGCAAUUGGAUACAUAACUUAUGAGAAUUUAAUCUUAGAAAGGUUAUUUCUAGACUCUUGUCCAGUUGACCACGUUGAAGGGGUGUACAUUAACCGUCUACCGAAAACGUUGGACCCCUCGUAUGAAAAAGAAUUUACACUUGUCUUCAAAACCACAAAAGGACCCUGUUUUAAAAUAUCCAUUAGCUAUCGGUUUCAACUGAAAUUUCGACCUCUAAAAAAAACAGCUAACAUUUACCGAUACAACCAUCGCGAAGUCAAUUGUCCAAAUGUUUGGAACAGUGACGCAGCCUUCAACGUGAAACCACCCUGGCGCAUAACUAAGUGGUUUAACUGACUGGUUUAACUGACUGGUGGUGACUAGUUUGUACUCCUUGAUUUC